CGGCGCGCAGCGCAGCGGGACCUCAGCGCGGCGGCCCCGGCCCGGCCUGGCCCAGCCCGGCGCAGCCCACCAGAGCCAAGACAGCCAAGAUUUUCAACUGUAUUGGACUUGUGUGUCAGCAGAAUGGUUUAUUUUGUUCCAUUAUUGGGGUUUCCUUGUUGCUGGUGAUGGGUGAGCCUGAAAAAACGCAGCUUGACUUGCACAUCCCAGGGUGCUCUUUAGCCCACUCUCCUGAAGACAAGAGGUUCUGGCUGAUCAGGACUACCUAUCAGUAAUUCAAGAAGGAGAAUGGAAGGUGUUGAGUUUAAGGAAGAAUGGCAAGAUGAAGAUUUUCCAAGGCCCCUGCCAGAGGAUGAUCCUGUUGACUCAGAUGUGUUGGCUGCAGCUGGAACAGAAGGUGAAGCUGCUUUGGCAUUUCCAGUGCUGGAUCAGGCUGUUUAUUUUGUUUCCUGCUUUCAACUGCUGUCUAAAUCAAAAGUUAAUGGAAUCAAAGUGAGGAAGAAACUAAUGGCACCAGAUAUCAGUUUAACUUUAGAUCGCAGUGAGGAAUCUGUUUUGUCUGACUUGGAUGAGAGUGGAGAGAUUGAUUUGGAUGACUUAGAUACUCCUUCAGAGAAUAGCAAUGAGUUUGAAUGGGAAGAUGAUCUUCCAAAACCAAAAACUACUGAUGUAAUUAGAAAAGGAUCGCUUACUGAAUACACAGCAGCAGAGGAGAAAGAUGAUGGUAGACGCUGGCGUAUGUUUAGGAUUGGAGAACAGGACCACAGAGUGGACAUGAAGGCAAUUGAACCAUACAAAAAAGUUAUCAGUCAUGGUGGUUAUUAUGGUGAUGGCUUAAAUGCCAUUGUUGUGUUUGCUGUUUGCUUUAUGCCUGAAAGCAGCCAGCCUAACUACAGAUACCUAAUGGACAAUCUAUUUAAGUAUGUAAUCGGCACUUUAGAGCUACUAGUAGCAGAGAACUAUAUGAUAGUUUAUCUGAACGGUGCAACGACACGGAGAAAAAUGCCAAGCUUAGGCUGGCUUAGGAAAUGUUACCAGCAAAUUGACAGGAGGUUAAGGAAAAAUCUGAAAUCAUUAAUCAUAGUUCAUCCUUCUUGGUUCAUCAGAACACUUCUGGCCAUCACAAAACCCUUUAUUAGCUCAAAAUUCAGCCAAAAAAUUAGGUAUGUCUUUACCCUGGCAGAGCUAGCUGAACUCAUCCCCAUGGAAUACGUUGGCAUCCCAGAAUGCAUAAAACAGUAUGAAGAAGAAAAGUUUAGAAAGAAACAAAAAAGAGUUGACCAAGAGCUGAAUGGAAAGCAAGAGCAGAAAAGUGAGCAAUAAAUUUUGGAGUCCAAACAAGACUGAAGAAUACACAGAUGGAAUGAUGCUUUUUUCUUCAUUUACAAUGUGUGUGUAUAUAUUACAUAACUUGUUGCAAGAAGUGCUUAACUUCUUUGGACUAGCACACAAUGGACUGUUCACUGCUGUACUGUUUUGUCUUGACUUUAGUAGUUACCUUUAUGUAAUCCGUUUAUACUGCCAAAUGUCAAAGAACCUUGUGUUUAGAGGAUGUUCUUGCAACUGUUUAUCUAAAUGAUGCAUGUUCUUCAGUAAAAUAUUUAUGUAUCUAAAUGCUAAAGGAAAGAUAAUAUAUAUUUUUAUGACUUUGAGCAAUAUAUUGUGUACCUGCUGAAGGAAUUCAUUUGCAGGUAGGCAAGGCCAUAGAUUACGUUUUUAUUGUAUAAAGUGCAUGAUCUGUUGCUGUAAAUGGUCAAGUGCAUUUCUUGGUUGUCACAGAAACCAUAAUUUGUUUGAAUAUUAACGGUCACAAUGUAGUCUUGUGUGGAGAUCCUUAUUUCUGUUCACAUCUUAUACAAGCAGUACCUGUUUAACUCAUUAGAGUGAGCUUGAGCUUUGUCUUAAUCUACUUCUCAAAAUACACAUCAGGAGUCCUCUGAAUCUGUUGGACAAAGGGUUUAAGCCUCCACCGCAAUGGAAACUGAACUGUUUGAAUAACUAAUAGGACACUGGACCUAUUAAUCAGACCUUUGUAAAUUUAAGCUGCGAGUUUAGAUUGUUUCAGAAAAUCAAGGACGGUUCAGUUGCCAUGAUGAAAUGAGUUCAUUCUACGUCUUCCUUAUUCCUGGAUGAAUAUCCGCUAUUGCCAGUAGAAACUCUAGUUCUUUUCGGUAGAGUUUGGGCAUUGCUCAGAUAUCUUAGCCAUAGUAUCAGUUGUUUGCAGAGGUAGGGGGAGUCUUACAGUAACUGUCAUCCUCGUAGAUGAAGUACUACCCCUUUCUAAAGCUCUUGGUUUGGCACCAGAUACAGCACUAACUUCACUUACAAAGAAGGCAAUAAAAAGGGUUCCUGCUCCACCCACACCCCACAAUGGUAUUAAAAUCCUCUGUAAGAGGUAUUGGACCCAUAACUGAAGUUUUUAGGCUUAUCAGUGUAGCAAUUAUGCACUAGGCUGCAAAAGUUUGUAAUGUAUCUGAUAGCUAUUUCCCUAGAAGGGCAGAUAUAUCCAAAUUAAUCCAUUCAGGAGCUGAGCAACUUAAUACUGUGUCAAAUAUUAAAUCUUUCUUCACUUUGGUUUUUAGUAUGCUUGUAUUUUUGUCUUAACAGCAAAAAUAUCCGUUCUUAAUGUUAGUGCUAUACAGUUUUCUUAGGAAUUAAAAA